AAAAUUUUAUAAAGAAUAUUAAAAUAGGCAAAGUAUUUUUAAAAAGACUUUAGAGAUUAAGAAAUGGCAAAGAGAAUACAACCAUCUUGGGUUCCACCACAAAGAAAAAAUAGCUCGGUUCUUAAAUUGUAUAAUAGUUUAACUAGAAAUAAAGAAAUAUUUGUUCCUCAAUUUGGAAAUCAUAUCUUGUGGUAUAGCUGUGGACCUACUGUUUAUGAUGCAUCACAUAUGGGACAUGCUAGAUCAUACAUGUCUUUUGAUAUAAUAAGACGUGUAUUAUCUGAUUAUUUUGGAUAUGAUAUUUUAUAUGUGAUGAAUAUUACUGAUAUAGAUGAUAAAAUUAUAAAGAGAGCUAGACAAAAUUAUUUAUAUGAAAAAUAUAUAAAAGAAAAUCAUACGCUUGAUAAAAUUUUGGAUGAUGCAAAAAAUGUAAUGUAUAUCUUUGAAGAUACUGUAAAAAGCACAAUUGAUACAGAUAAAAAAUAUAUACUACAGAAUAUAUUGUGUAAUGUAGAGAAAGCUAUUGAAAAUCUUGAAGAUGCAGUAAAACUUAAAGAUGAAGAUAAAAUGAAGGAAUUUCAAGAAUUGUUAUUAAAAGAAGUACGAGAUCCUUUGGCAGAAUGGUUGGAUAAAGAAAAAGGUGCUACGGUUACAGAACAUUCAAUUUUUACCAAAUUAUCGCAACAUUGGGAACAAGAAUUUCACAAAGAUAUGGAUUUUUUAAAUGUAUUAAGACCAAAUGUUUUGACUAGAGUUAGUGAAUACAUACCAGAAAUUAUAGAAUUUAUUAAAAAAAUUAUAGAAAAUGGAAUUGCAUAUGAAAGUAAUGGUUCUGUAUAUUUUGAUGUUUCUACUUUUGAUAAACAAGAUAAACAUUAUUAUGCUAAACUUGUUCCAGAAGCAUAUGGUGAUACAUUGAGUUUACAAGAAGGAGAAGGAGAUUUAAGUACUUUGGCAAUAUCUGAAAAAAGAUCGCCAAUUGAUUUUGCACUUUGGAAAUGUUCAAAAGAAGGAGAGCCAUGGUGGGAAAGUCCUUGGGGUAGAGGACGACCUGGUUGGCAUAUAGAAUGUUCAGUUAUGGCAUCUAUAAUUUGUGGAGAAAGUUUAGAUAUUCAUACUGGAGGAGUAGAUUUAAAAUUUCCCCAUCAUGAUAAUGAAAUAGCACAAGCAGAAGCAUACUUUAAUAAUUCUAAUUGGGUCAGAUAUUUUCUCCAUUCUGGUCAUUUGACCAUAGCAGGAUGUAAAAUGUCUAAAUCAUUAAAAAAUUUUAUUACUAUACAAGAUGCAUUAAAAAAGCAUUCAGCAAGACAACUUAGACUUGCAUUUCUUUUACAUUCAUGGAAAGAUACAUUAGAUUAUAGCGACAAUACUAUGCACAUGGCUAUUCAAUAUGAAAAAUUUUUAAAUGAAUUCUUUUUAAAUGUAAAAUGUAAAAUUAGAUCUUUGGGUUCAGAAACGAAUAUCAAUACUUUUACUAAAUGGACUAAUUUCGAAAUAGAAUUAAAUGAAAAGUUUUAUAAUGCCAGAGAUUUUGUACAUAAUGCAUUAUGCGAUAAUAUUGAUACAAGAAGUGCACUUGAUGCAAUUAGAGAUCUUGUGACGCACUGUAAUAUUUAUAUGAAAGAAGUUAAACAACCAAAUACAUUAUUACUUAGAGAUGUUGCAGUUUAUAUUACAAAAAUGUUUACUAUAUUUGGUACUAUAUCAUAUUCACACGAUGCUAUUGGUUUUCCAAUAGAUAGUAAUGUGAAAUUAAAUGUUGAACAGGCUGUUAUGCCAUAUCUUGAAAUUUUGGCAAAUUUCCGUGAGAAAAUAAGAAAUCAUGCUAAAACUUUGAAAGCUAGUACUAUUCUUGAAGAAUGUGAUACAUUACGUGACGAUAUUUUACCAAAUAUUGGAGUUCGUUUAGAGGAUAGUAAUAAUGAAAUUUGUAAAAUUAAACUAGUAAAUAGAGAAGAUCUUUUAAAAGAAAAAGAAUCUAAAAAGCAAAUGGAAUUAGAGAAAAUGCUAGAAAAAGAAAAGAAAAAAGCAGAAAUUGCUGCGGCAGCUGCAAUGAAAGAAGCACAGAGGAAAAUUCCUCCUUCUGAGAUAUUUAUGUUAGAAAGAGAUAAAUAUUCUCGAUUUGAUAGCAACGGUUUACCGACGCAUGAUAUCAAUGGUAAAGAAAUUAGUAAAGGGCAAAUAAAGAAAUUGCAAAAGCUUCAACAAGCGCAAGAAAAGAGAUAUAAUGAAUAUCUCGCUUCGAUUUAAUAAAGUGUUUAAUAUAGUAUUAAUCUUGUACAUUAGAAAGGUGAUUGAAGAAAAACAUUGAUCUCACCUUUUUAAAAUAUUUAUUUUCAUGUUAAUUUUUAUCAUUGCAUUGUUCGUUAAUUUAUUGCUGUUUAUGAACAUAAAAACAUGCAUAUAUAAUAUUUAUAUUUAUCUUUAUAUUAUUAAAAAUUAAUUAAAAAAUUAUCUUUAACUUAAA